GGCAGGGCGGCCAUUAUAAGAAGAGGACAAAGAGCAGAGAGGGAGAGGCAGGCAGUAUUAGGCCGCUUCCAAUCCCCCCCACCCAGCGCAAUCGGGAUUCCCUGACUUGCUGAAGCGGCCCUCUUCAGCUGCUCUGCUCUGCUCUGCCCCUGCUGCCGAGUGCCGAGGUGGAUUAAUGUCCAGCGCCGCUGCCGACCCGGAGGAGAUCAGGGCGCGCGUCGUCGUCCUCGGCGCGCACCAUGCCGCCGACGAGUGGGCGCGCCCGGAGCUCGAGGCCUUCCACCUGCCCUCCCCAUCCCAAUCUGGCUUGCUAGCACAGCAAGGAGAAGCAGCAGAGCAAUCCCAAUCCACACCCCCUGCUGCUGCUCCUCCUCCGCCUCCUCUGGAGAUCGAGCAGCCUUCCAAUGCCAGGCCAUCCAGUAACAUCGACGCCGCCAUGAUGAACAAGGAGAAGAAGAAGAAGCAACCCACCCCGCCGGCCGCCCUGCGCGACCUCUUCCGCUUCGCCGACGGCCUCGACUGCGUGCUCAUGCUCGUCGGCACCCUGGGCGCGCUCGUCCACGGCUGCUCGCUCCCCGUGUUCCUCCGCUUCUUCGCCGACCUCGUCGACUCGUUCGGCUCCCACGCCGACGACCCGGACACCAUGGUCCGCCUCGUCGUCAAGUACGCCUUCUACUUCCUCGUCGUCGGGGCAGCAAUCUGGGCAUCCUCAUGGGCAGAGAUCUCUUGCUGGAUGUGGACCGGCGAGCGCCAGUCCACCCAGAUGCGGAUCCGCUACCUCGACGCCGCCCUCCGCCAGGACGUCUCCUUCUUCGACACCGGCGUCCGCACCUCCGACGUCAUCUACGCCAUCAACGCCGACGCCGUCGUCGUGCAGGACGCCAUCAGCGAGAAGCUCGGCAACCUCAUCCACUACAUGGCCACCUUCGUCGCCGGCUUCGUCGUCGGCUUCACCGCCGCCUGGCAGCUCGCGCUCGUCACGCUCGCCGUCGUCCCGCUCAUCGCCGUCAUCGGGGGCCUCAGCGCCGCCGCGCUCGCCAAGCUCUCCUCCCGGAGCCAGGACGCGCUCUCCAACGCCAGCAGCAUCGCCGAGCAGGCGCUGGCGCAGGUACGGAUCGUGCAGGCCUUCGUCGGCGAGGACCGCGCCAUGCGGGCCUACUCAGCGGCGCUCGCCGUGGCGCAGCGGAUCGGCUACCGCAGCGGCUUCGCCAAGGGGAUCGGCCUGGGCGGCACCUACUUCACCGUCUUCUGCUGCUACGGGCUGCUGCUCUGGUACGGCGGCCACCUGGUGCGCGCCCGCCGCACCAACGGGGGCCUCGCCAUCGCCACCAUGUUCUCCGUCAUGAUCGGCGGCCUGGCCCUCGGGCAGUCGGCGCCGAGCAUGGCCGCCUUCGCCAAGGCGCGCGUGGCGGCCGCCAACAUCUUCCGCAUCAUCGACCACGAGCCGGGGAUCUCGCGGGACGGCGACGGCGGCGAGGGCGUGGAGCUGGAGGCGGUGACGGGGCGGGUGGAGAUGCGGGGCGUGGACUUCGCGUACCCGUCGCGGCCGGACGUGCCCAUCCUGCGCGGCUUCUCGCUGAGCGUGCCGGCCGGGAAGACCAUCGCGCUGGUGGGGAGCUCCGGCUCCGGGAAGAGCACGGUGGUGUCGCUCAUCGAGAGGUUCUACGACCCAACCGCAGGGCAGAUCUUGCUGGACGGGCAUGAUCUCAAGAGCCUCAAGCUCCGGUGGCUCCGGCAGCAGAUGGGCCUGGUGGCGCAGGAGCCGACGCUGUUCGCGACGAGCAUCAAGGAGAACCUGCUGCUGGGGCGGGAGAGCGAGAGCGCCACGCAGGCGGAGAUGGAGGAGGCGGCCAGGGUGGCCAACGCCCACUCAUUCAUCAUCAAGCUCCCCGACGGCUACGACACGCAGGUCGGCGAUCGCGGGCUGCAGCUCUCCGGCGGUCAGAAGCAGCGCAUCGCCAUCGCGCGCGCCAUGCUCAAGAACCCGGCCAUCCUGCUGCUGGACGAGGCGACCAGCGCGCUGGACUCGGAGUCGGAGAAGCUGGUGCAGGAGGCGCUGGACCGCUUCAUGAUCGGGCGCACCACCCUGGUGAUCGCCCACCGGCUGUCCACCAUCCGCAAGGCCGACCUGGUGGCCGUGCUGCAGGGCGGCGCCGUCUCCGAGAUGGGCACCCACGACGAGCUCAUGCAGGAACACACCACCUACGCCAAGCUCAUCCGCAUGCAGGAGCAGGCGCACGAGGCCGCCCUCGUCAACGCCCGCCGGAGCAGCGCCCGGCCCUCCAGCGCCCGCAACUCCGUCAGCUCCCCCAUCAUGACGCGCAACUCCUCCUACGGCCGCUCCCCCUACUCGCGCCGCCUCUCCGACUUCUCCACCGCCGACCUGUCCAUCCACGACCACCACCAGCAUCAUCAGCCGGCGAUGGCCUUCCGCGCCGGCGCCAGCUCCUUCCUCCGCCUCGCCAGGAUGAACUCGCCCGAGUGGGGCUAUGCGCUGCUCGGCUCCCUGGGCUCCAUGGUCUGCGGCUCCUUCAGCGCCAUCUUCGCCUACGUGCUCAGCGCCGUGCUCAGCGUCUACUACGCGCCGGACCCGCGCUACAUGGAGCGCCAGAUCGCCCGGUACUGCUACCUCCUCAUCGGCAUGUCGUCUGCGGCGCUGGUGUUCAACACAGCGCAGCACGUGUUCUGGGACGCUGUCGGCGAGAACCUCACCAAGCGCGUGCGCGAGAGGAUGUUCGCCGCCGUGCUCCGCAACGAGAUGGCCUGGUUCGACGCCGACGAGAACGCCAGCGCGCGCGUCGCCGCCCGCCUCGCGCUCGACGCCCAGAACGUGCGCUCCGCCAUCGGGGACCGCAUCUCCAUCAUCGUCCAGAACUCGGCGCUGCUGCUCGUCGCCUGCACCGCCGGCUUCGUCCUCCAGUGGCGCCUCGCGCUGGUGCUCCUGGCCGUCUUCCCGCUCGUCGUCGCUGCCACAGUACUGCAGAAGAUGUUCCUCCAGGGCUUCUCGGGGGACCUCGAGGCCGCGCACUCCAGGGCCACGCAGAUCGCCGGCGAGGCCGUUGCCAACCUGCGCACCGUGGCGGCCUUCAACGCGGAGCGCAAGAUCACGGCGCUGUUCGCGGCCAACCUGCGCGGCCCGCUGCGGCGGUGCGUGUGGAAGGGGCAGAUCGCCGGCAGCGGCUACGGCGUCGCGCAGUUCCUGCUCUACGCGUCCUAUGCGCUGGGGCUCUGGUACGCGGCGUGGCUGGUGAAGCACGGCGCCGCUGACUUCUCGCGCGCCAUCCGCGUCUUCAUGGUGCUCAUGGUGUCCGCCAACGGCGCCGCCGAGACGCUCACGCUGGCCCCGGACUUCGUCAAGGGCGGCCGCGCCAUGCGCUCCGUGUUCGAGACCAUCGACCGGCGCACGGAGGUGGAGCCCGACGACGCGGACGCGGCGCCCGUGCCGGAGCGGCCGCGCGGCGAGGUGGAGCUCCGGCACGUGGACUUCGCCUACCCGUUGCGGCCGGAGGUGCCGGUGCUCCGGGACCUGAGCCUCCGGGCGCGCGCCGGCAGGACGCUGGCGCUGGUGGGGCCGAGCGGGUGCGGCAAGAGCUCCGUGCUGGCGCUGGUGCAGCGCUUCUACGAGCCCACCUCCGGGCGCGUGCUCCUGGACGGCAGGGACGUGCGCAAGUACAACCUGCGGGCGCUGCGGCGCGCCAUGGCGGUGGUGCCGCAGGAGCCCUGCCUGUUCGCGGCGAGCAUCCACGACAACAUCGCCUACGGGCGUGAGGGCGCGACGGAGGCGGAGGUGCUGGAGGCGGCGGCGCAGGCCAACGCCCACAGUUUCAUCUCGGCGCUGCCGGAGGGGUACCGGACGCAGGUCGGGGAGCGCGGGGUGCAGCUGUCGGGCGGCCAGCGGCAGCGGAUCGCCCUCGCGCGCGCGCUGGUGAGGCAGGCGCCCAUCCUGCUGCUGGACGAGGCCACCAGCGCGCUGGACGCAGAGUCGGAGCGCUGCGUGCAGGAGGCGCUGGAGCGCGCGGGGGCCGGGGCCGGGGCCGGCGGCCGCGGCACCACCACCAUCGUCGUCGCGCACCGCCUCACGACCGUGCGCAACGCCCACACCAUCGCCGUCAUCGACGACGGCAAGGUGAUGGAGCAGGGCUCGCACGCGCACCUGCUCAAGCACCACCCGGACGGCUGCUACGCGCGGAUGCUGCAGCUGCAGCGGCUCACCACCGGUGCUGGUGGACCCUCGUCCUCGUCGUUGGCAUCGUCCAACGGGACAGGAGACUGCUAGGAGGCUGCCUGCCUGCCUGCUAGCUUGAUUCAUUGAGGCCUUCCUGCCUAGGAGACACUUCAACUGUACAAUUUCAUGAUUCUCUUGAGGUUUUAUUUAGGAUAUCAGUUUUCUUUCUUUCUUUUUUUUUAAAAAUUUAUGAUAUGAUGAUCGGCACUGCUUGCUGGGACUGAGAUAUGCAACGGAAGCAGCAGGACCCUACUAUAUAUACACAGUACUUACGAAGUAGUAUAUACCAUGCCAGAGAUGGGAAAUUCAGAGAUAAGUAGUAGAUAGACAAGCUAGGUAAUGUAGUAGCUUCCAAAUUACUACUACUAUAUAGUAGUAUGUACUUAUAGCUUCAUGCUCAAAAGAAAAGAAAAAAAAUCAGAAUUUGCGU